GUGCUCACUCGCCCAAGCGCUGAUGACACGCUAGCUCGCUCGCUGUCACGAAAGCUCAUGGAAAGGCUUUUUGAUCGGAGACCAUCACCACAUCGACACACACGUGGGCAAUUUGCCUCUUGCUUCCCUUCCACAUUUCCCCUUUCCCGCUUGCAAAGGGUGUUCACUGCUUCUGCCCUGCCAUAUCCUGCUCACAGCAUCCGCAGCGUCGUCUCUCUGAUUUUUGAGGCUCCAAAACAGCUGGACUGUAGUCAGCCAUCGCCACAUCAUGGGCAUGUUCAAAGGAAAAGCCGACGGGCUGGGAUCGAGCAGUCAGCCAGGUGACACUUCUCGGCGCACCAUGUAUGCGCGCGAUGCUUCCACAGCUCCUCCCGCACACCAAUAUCAAAGCAGAGCGCCACAAGCGAUGCCACUCGGAAACGCCUCAUUCAGCGUCGCUGGCUCAUUGAGCAGCUUCCCUACAGCGAGCAAAAGUGCCGGUCUGCCAGCAAAGAAAGGCGCGCGGAGAAUGUUUGCUGACAGCGAGUCUGAAGCUUCACGGACGCCAGGCUCUGUUGCAACCAGCUUCUCGAUGGAUAGUGGGUCAGAUGCGCCAGAGGAGCAAGAGAUACCUUACAUCGAUCCUGCACAGCGGGCAGAAGAGGAGAGGAUCUGGCACCAGAAGCAAUAUCAGUACGAGGAGGCGAAGAGAAAGGCUGCAGAGAAAGCACAAAAGGCCCAAAAGACUCAAUCUAGUCGCAAGACCUUCAUGUCACGCAACAACUCGAAAUCCGACUUGGACGCGUUGCGCUCGCUCAACUCCACACCCCAAGUCCCUGCUCCCCCGCGUCCGUCCCUACAAACGAUGAAUUCGAGCUCGAACCUAUCUACGCUCAGCAGCGGUACUCACAGACCAAGUCUGUCGCAAGAGAGGGCGCCGAGCGAAAGUCGAGUCGCGCAAUGGGCACGCGGGACGUACGGUGAGCGUCAGCCACCAAGCCGCCAGCAGACUCUCACGCAAAGCCAACAAGGGUAUGGGGACGCACCUGGUGCGGGCAACGCAACUCAUUGGCAAGGAGCAACGGGUCAGGAGUACGCUCGACAGGUGCGCGAGAGGUGGGAUGACUACGAGUCUCGUCAUCCACAGGUGGUGCAUCAGCAACCCGCACAAGCGACCACUACUUCAAGUCGCUACAUGACCCCUGGGCCAGGGUCUGACUCGCACCAUCCUGGAGCUGACAGGUAUCGCAACUACGCUCAGUUCCCGCGCGACCUGUCAUCCCAAGCUCCGUUUGGCGAUGUGAGCAGAGACGUGCCGGAAUCUGCUUCUUGGCAUGGCCACGGAGUUGCGCCCGGCCCGCCACGCUCUGGUCAGAUUCACGGAGGCUAUUCUGAAGAUCUGACUUCUCCAGCGCAGCUGCAACGCUACCCCUCGCAUCACACGGUGGAAGCGUUGCCUGCACGCAGCGCUUCCGCUUCCCUAGAAGAUGCGCACCGUUUGGCGAGUGCUUCUCAGCAUCAUGGGGGGGGUCAUUCGCAGCAUCCGCCAGCGCUUCGCUCUGCAUCGUUUGAUGCGACCGAUGCUGCCAGCAUGGUGCCAAAUCCCCACAUUAGGUCAGCGUCUGCGACACAGCUUCAGCAUCCUGCCUCACUGCUGGCCAAUCGCCCGCAAGCUCAGGGAUCAGGCUCGGGCGCGCAGGUCUCCCGCAUCAACACCAACGUGUACGAUCACUCGCACGCACGCAUGGCCGUUCCGGCUUCCCAGGCAUCCGCUGCGCUCGUUGCCAGUCCGAAUGGUAGUCUCAGUCCGAGCGCAGGCUCCAAUUCCUCUGCACGCAAUGCAGCGCUCCGCGCAGUGUACGGCUCAAGUCCUUCUCAAAGCCCGAUCCCAGAGAGACCGAGCAGUGCAGCAAGUCACUGGUCGAAUGGUUUGCCAUCGGCUCUCCAAGCCGGUCGCGAGUCUCCUUCGUGGCAUUCCCGUCCGCGUCCGGCAAUGGGAAGGGGUCUCGACGAAUUUGGCAAUCUGCGUCCCCCUCAACAGCAAGUGAGGUCAGAGACGCCAAGUAAAGAACCCCUGCGCUCCGUCAUGGACUCGCCCACGAGCGCUCGGGCUAGAUCGCCCUCGAUUGCCUCUCGCGCCGGCACACCAAUGCAACAGCAGUCUCUACGCCACCAGUCCUCCAUCAGCAGCCUCGACUCGAUCGGCGAGAUGAAGCCUCGUCGUGCGCCUGCACCUCCAAUUCAGCAGACGCCAGCCGCAGCGCCUGCAGUGACGAAAGCGCCUGUUGCUCCUCGAGCUGAGAAUGUGGCUGGCGGCGAGAGCAAGCCGAGCGGUGCAGCGGCGGUCGCGCCUCCCGCUGCGCUGCCUGCGACUUCCGACGCAAACGUGGGCGAGAUUAAUCGAUCAGCCUCACGGCUCACUCGAAUUGCUGGACCAGAUCGCACACUCGAGUCUCGACGAGGGACUCGUGGCGCCACAAAAGACGGAUCGAGCUUUACCGCUUCGACAAGCGGUCUGCCCCUGCCUCUCUUGGCUGGAAUCUCCGAUGCUCAAAGAAAGCAGGAAGAAGAGGAGAGCACGAAGAAGAAUCGCGUAUCUGACUCGAGCAGCAAAAGCGGCGCAUCGACGAACUCGAACGUUCGCUCGAGCCAGCCGACCAAUCCUUUACUGGGUGUUCUUUCUGGGCCUGCAUCAACAUCCACGGAAGAGAAGCAUGACAGCGUGCCAGGCAGCACAGGCACAUCGAUCGCCGGCACAAAGAAGUUUUCGCCCAUCGAAAAGCCAAUAGGAGGCUUCGCUCAUGGGCUCGCCUCCAGCGUAGACCACCGAUCCGGCAAAGUGAAGGCCGUGCCGGAGCACAGCAAAGCGUCUCACAGCCGUAGACCAUCUGAAGGGGGUGAGCGAGCACCUGCUGUUCUUCGAGACGGUGUCUUUGGGUCUAGUCAAUCUGUCCCUCCCCAAGCGGACCAGGGCCGCGUGCGUCAGCCGACGACAAGUUUCGGCAGCAUUAGCAGCUUGAAUCCUGUCGAGAGUGCGCCGCCGCCAUACGUUCCAGUACCCGAGAGUACUCGUGCGGCUCUACAAAACGAGAAGAGUGGGUCGGAUGGUCGCCAGGCGCAGGCAGUCUUCGCCAGUGCGGACACGACUGCUAGCAGCAGCACUGGGACAGGCCAAUCUGGCAAAGGUAGGGCAUCCAUCUCUUCGCUUGCAGCUCCAGCAAGACCACCCCGUCGACAGGCUAGCUCUUCCACAAUCGACUCCGACGCAAAUCUAAAGGCUUCAAGAGAUGCGUCAACUUUUGCGAAGGCUGUACCCCAAGCACCCAUCCUCGACGAGCCGGGCAAGACAAGCUCUUCUACCAUCUCGACAGUAAAGCCAGAGCGCAAAGCACCUCCCACAUCGAUCAAGACCGGCGUCAAGCCGUGGCAAUCAGGACCAAAGUCUGCCAGUGGAUCAAGCGCGAUGCCAGCGGCACCACGAUCCGCAGUGGUGCCGCCUAAAAGCGCUCGAGCACCACCAGCCGCUUUUCCCAAAACCGCCAAGCCUGCCCUAGCGAGCGAAAGCUCAGAGGGCGCAGCGUAUGUCCGCGCUGAGCGCCAUCCGAAACCGUCGUUUCCUCCUGUGAAGACGCCGACCACCCGAAGACCGAGCUCCAGCGCAUCUAGGACCUCGAUCGCGGGUCCAUUGCUUGCAGGCGCCGUGUCGGGUUUGAAGACGCCCCGCAACGUCCCUGAAACCGAGUCGAGGGGAGAUGGAGGGAUCGAUAGUCGAAUGACAGGUGAAACUUUGGAUGCUGAUAGUGCCUCCGCCGUCGAUUCUGGGCCGGAAGAGGAGGAUGAUGCACCUAUCUUGCCCGAAAUCCCACGAGUGUCCGCCGCGCCGCCACGCCUGGAUUUCAACCUCGAAACGUCGCUGGACACGGAGCUCAACUCUGCCUGGGCUUUGCUGAGCGAAGCAGCCGCGACAGAAGAGGCUGGCGUCGGAAGGGAUGAGCCAGAUGAGCAGCAGCCGCCUUUGGCGCCCGAGCCAGUAGUCUCAGCCUCACCUGCAGCGAUCACCCGAGCUUUCAGUCGAUCGCGCCCGCCGACCGCUUCCUCGAUUCCGUCCUCCACCGGCAGAUUUGUGCCUACACAUCGCCCAAGCCCUUCUCUCGACGCCAGCGCCCGAUCCAAAGCUGGCGCGCUUCACGUAGACACCACCCCGCUCGCCGCCUUCAAGCUGGGAGUGGCUACUCAGGGUCGACCGCAAGAAGUUCGAAGAGUGCUCAAGAGCGGUCAAGCGCAUGCUGAAAGCUCGUCGGCAUACCUGAGCGCUCUGAACUCCGCUACUCCGCCCAGCACGGCGUCGCCUGCUCGGUUCGAGAGUGCACUCUCGAGUGACGCGGCAGAGGAGUCCGAAGCUGAGACGACGGCUGCUCAGUCUUCUUUGGCGGACGCUCGUGGUGGCAAGGUACACGCAGAGGCUGAUGUCUCCAACACCCCAACAUCGGCUUUGACAAACAGUCGCAGCCCACUUUCUGCUCUCUCGAGCAGCACACCAGGCUCGUCGGGAUCCGAGCUGGAAUCGCUCACUCCCUUCUUCGCAAAGUUCAACCGAGCGCACAUGGCGCGCUCGGAAUCCAUGUCCAAUGUGGAAAAGGUCUUGCCUAGGAUUCCGCCGGCUGGGGAGAUGAGCCCCCUCUUCGCCAGUCUGCUUAGUCCCACGGAAGCGUCUGCCGCGCUCGCCCGUGGAUCGGGCCGCAGGAGCACGUCCAUCAGCUCUCCAAACGAGGCGGUCAAGGGUGCUCUUCCCGCCGUCGCUCGACACAACCUUGUCCACCUUCCUGUCAGAAAAAUGAGCUUGCGCAGCUAAAUCAAACGCGCUUUGCAUCACCAUCUUUACACACUCUUUACGGUUCCCACUCAACCCUCCAACUUUUCUGUGCUCGCGCGAAAUUCUCUUCCUUUGUAUACCCUUUAAUCUAUCGUGGCCUCACCUGCGCUAUGCCGUACUUCCGCGACAACACCCUUCCUCGAUGAUCUUGGUCAAGGCGACACUACUGUGACUUUGCCUGGCCUGUAUUGCGUCAGUCCCCCAAACAUUGAGAUGCAACGAGAAUGCUUGCAUUUCGAAUGCUACAAUAUCCUGAC